AUGCCUCACGCGCAGGAAGAUCAGACUGACGCCCAGCGUGUGGCCCAGGCCACUGUGAUCUACUUAGAAUGUCUGUUCAGUAUCAUGGUCUGGGACUGGCUGGCGAGCUUGCCUACGGAGUGGCACCUGGUCUGGUUGCCAGUCACAAAAAGUCUGAGAGCGACGGAAAAGGAUGCCGCCUCUCGAGCACCACUUCAGGUCAAAUUACUCAGGAGCGCAUCGCUGCUGUGCUUUGUCGUGGUGCGCUACCUUGCUUUGAUCGAGUUCGCGCUAUUCGUUUGGGCAGUCAACGUCGUCUGGACCUACGAUGAAUGCGCACGCAUCCAGCAUUUCUUCCCUUACGCUAGUGGACUAGUGGCACUGGCUGCGAACGGCAUCAUGUGCCUCCGCGUCAUGGCCAUCUGGAGUCGAGACAGGCUCGUUUCUAUGUCGCUUGGAGGCAUGCUCGUCGUCGUUGUCGCCCUCGUCCUUUGGGGCUGUCAAUACACAUCGCCACCCGAAGGCAUCACCGCGUGCAUACCAACGCCGACAUCGACUCAUCUCAAUGUCCUCUAUCUCGCGCCAAUGGUCUACGACUUUAUCAUCUUGGUUCUCACUCUGACGCGGGCCAUCAUGCUCAACCGAUCUGGUCUCAUCGGGCCACUGCUCCGCACCAUCGUCAGAGAUGGCAUACUAUACUUUUUCGCGGUCUUCACGUGUAACCUUCUUGCCGUUGUUUUCGAAUUGCAGACGGCGCAACCCUUGCUUCGACCCAUCAAUGCAUCCCUCGCAACGAUUGGAACCUCCAUCUUCUGUUCCAAGAUUUUCUUCGCCCUCAAGCGCGCCACCAGUGCGCAGAUCAAGCGAAAUCAAAGCCAAAGUCUGCCCAGCUCUGGCCCUUACCCGCUCAAUGCCAUUCCGCCCUUCGGAUCAAAAGCCAGUAAGGCAGAACUCUUUUGGAAGCGAGAACUACGCGCUUCGCCAGGACGCCUUUGA